AUGCUUUCGACUACUAGUGCGCAGACGGUGCUCUCUUCAUCGGAGAACGAAAAGCUAUUCCUCAAUGAGAAGGUUGUCGAAAGUCCUUCUCAGCCAAAAACAUUAACAGCGAAGUCUCCUUCUUCCGUCCUUGGAUAUAUUGCACGAGAAGUGGAUAUUACUUGCCGUCUAUUACGAUCCAACGCGGUGGGAUUCCUAUUCAUAUUCCUGGGUGCUUCGGUAUCUAGAAUUAUCCGUCAUCCACUAUCAUGGAGCGAGAACGUUCUGGCGGUAAUCGAAUCUUUUGUCCUGACCAUUCCCGGUGCCUACGUCUUUGACAUCUGCAACCAAACCUCCUCCCUGAGGAGGACUAUGUGA